AUGUCGCAGAAACCAUCAUCCAAGCCUAUAAGGCAGGAUUACAUUGCCAAAGUGCGUUAUACGAACAACUUGCCUCCACCACCAUUGAAUCCUAAAUUCAUACAAUAUAACACUACAGAACAGGUUUCGUCACAGAAGGAAGCCGAAUACCUUAUUUCGUCAGUCUUUAGAAAGGAAAACUUCACUCGUUUGAUGGAGAACAUCGACGAGGAGUUAGGUAUGAACUUGAACUUGAUCAAUAAUCGUGGCUUUUUGGAUAAUGGGGACGAAACGGUUAUCAACAACUUUGUAACAAAAGACAGUGGUAAUAGUAAUAGCAACAAGAGCGGGUUGGUGACGUUGCACCCUCUGGAUCGGGCUUUGUUAAGAGAUGCUGGUAUCGGCAAAAUUUCCAAGUCGGAGCCUGGUGUUUCGUUUUUGAGAAGAACUGAGUAUAUCGCCGAUAUGCAUGUAGCUAAAGUUAAUGAUGAACUUGAAGAUUCGAAAAAGAAGAAGAAGAAUACAGCCGAGACUCAUGAUCCUGAGGCUCAGUUACGUGCUGUGGAAGACACCUUUGAUAAUGCCCAGGAGUCGUUGACUAAUUUCGCACGCUUGAAGCACCCCAAGAAGAAGCAUUUGAAGGCUGUGGCUGCCUGGCCGUUAUUGCCGGACACUUCUGCAAUGGACACAAAGUAUAUUGCUGUCAAAUUUUUGGGCUCAGCUUCUAUCAGCAGAGAAUUACAAGCCAACAAGAGAAAAGACAAAAACUACAACGAGGUUUUGGAGAAGAAUGCCUUGGAGACAGCUAUAUUGAAGCCAAUCACAUCUGAUGAUGGAGAAUGGAUAUCGUUUUACGAAGUUCGUGACGCCAACAAGGCUGUGGAAUUAAACAGCCGCUUGAACUCCACAGAAAGGGAACGUCCCAUUGUCAACAUGCUAGACGAAGACGUCGAGGGCCAGGAACUGUACAAGUUCAAGCAUUUAAAGAAUUAUGAUAUGAACUUCAACAGAUUCACUAAGCCCUACGAAGAGUUAUCAAUCAAAUUUAUUCCAGAAGAAGUCGGAUCGAAGAAGAGGAAGGUAGCAUAUUAUUACCCGGUUUCGGGACGUAUCGACUUGAAAAAGCAUCGUUCCUCUACAAACUCGGAAAUCAACCGUUUCCUCAAGGACAGUACUGUAGACGUUAUCAACUUCAAGUUACGUGAACCAAGCACCAACGAAAUUAAAAAGAUGGAUGCUAUUAGAUCUGAGUUUGAUCCGAUGGAAUACGAAGGUGAAGAAGAGGAAGAGGACGAAGAGGACGAUGCUCAAGCUGACGAUGCUCGAGCUGAGGAUGUUCGCGAUGUUGGUGAAGAAUUUAACGAGGCUUCAAAAACAGAUGAGGCCGACUAA